UAGCAGAUUCGUUAUGCUGUACGAGAUAAGCAGAACCACCAGCAUGGCGUUUGACGGCUAUUCGCGGACGAUGCAGGAACGGAUCGAGGAUGACAUUCUAUCAGAAAACUCCCACCUCGAUGACCUCUACACGCGCUACCGCCAGCGUCUUCGGAGAUCACUUUUCAUGACCGGCCUGGGCAUCUCUAUCCUAUCGUGUGUCAUCUCUAUCGUCCUGUGCGCGCUCCACGAAGCGAUUCUGGCCGAUCUAGCGCUGCUGGCCGGUGCAUCGGUCGUGCUGUGCGGAAUCCUCGUGGCGCUGCAGUUCCCGGUGGUGACGAAUUCGCCGCUAGCGGCGCUUUCGUUCGCCAUCCUUACGACGGGGACAAUCGGAGCCAUAUCGACCUUCAUCGGAGCCAAGCUGGCACCGUUGCCGCUGUUUGCGCUGAUUUUGGGUGUCCACACGAUGCUACCGAUCUCGUGGCCGGUAUCGGUAGUGCUGGCCGUGUUGCUCUGCAUCAUGCACAUCGGCUACCGUCUGGUGUCGCAAGACUCCGACUUUGUAGCGACGUUCUUUCCCCAGCUCCUGGCGGAGACAGUGUUCCUGGCGUCGGCUUCGAUCUCCAGUCUGUACUACCGGAUUAUGUCCGAUGCGGCCCACAUCGACGCGGUCGAUGGGACGCGAACCGGCAUCGAGCAGCGGGUGAAGCUGGAAUGCGAACGGGAGCAGCAGGAGCAGCUCCUGCUGAGCGUCAUACCGGCCUACAUUGCGGCGGAGGUGAAGCGCAGCAUUAUGCUGAAGAUGGCCGACGCCUGCCAGCGGGCGGGCGGCCAGAGCCAGACGCGGUUCCACGAGAUGCACGUGCAGCGGCACAACAACGUUUCCAUCCUGUAUGCGGACAUCGUCAACUUCACGCCACUGUCCGAGCAGCUGACAGCGUCGGAUCUGGUCAAGACACUAAACGAAUUAUUCGGGCGAUUUGAUCAAAUCGCACAAGAAAAUCAAUGUCUGAGGAUAAAGAUUCUCGGAGACUGCUAUUACUGUGUCUCCGGGUUGCCGGUAUCGCGACCCCACCACGCCGCCAACUGUGUUAACAUGGGCCUGCAGAUGAUUGAUGCCAUACGAUUCGUCCGGGAAGCGACCGGCUUCAACGUGGAUAUGCGAAUCGGGAUCCACACCGGCAACGUCUUGUGUGGCGUGCUGGGGCUGCGCAAGUGGCAGUUCGACGUGUGGAGCGACGAUGUGACCCUGGCCAACCAUAUGGAGAGUGGCGGCGUCGCCGGCCGAGUGCACAUCACGAAAGCGACGCUGGACUAUCUCGGUGACAAGUUCGAGGUGGAACCGGGCGCCGGAGCCACCCGAGAGUCCUACUUGGCGGAUCACAAAAUUGAAACGUACCUCAUCGUGCCACCAAAGCAAAAAGCGGCGGCGGAUUUGGGUAAAGCGACCACCACAGACUCACACACACCGACGUCGGCCCUGGGAACGCCCUCGCCCUCGACUGUGCCCGUGCAGAUCAACGAGCCCGAGCAGGAGCACCUGCUUCCGGUGCUUCCGGAGCCACCGAAAACACCCAAGUCACCCCGGACACCGAAAACUCCCGACGACGUGCGGCGCUCGCACGCCUCCAUCUCGCCCAUCACCAUUCCCGAGGAGCACGAACACCUGUUACCGCCGCCAUCGCCGGCCAACCAUUCCGGUUCCGGUGGCCACGGCCACGGCCUGGUGCCACCGCCGUCGCCGAGCGCCAAGCAAACCGCCGCCGCCGUGCAGAUCAAUCCACCGACCAUCAACGAGGAAACGGUGGACAACAGUACCGAGCACCAUCCGGCGGACUCCGGCGACGAGGGUGAAGGCGAGUCGCGGAAGAAAUCCUGCCUAACGCUUCCGGUCGAACCAAUUACCACCAACGGACACCUUCCGGAGCGUGUCGGAAGUCGCAAACUGUCCGUGCAAGGUCUGAUUGCGUUCGCGGAGCGUCGAAAGUCGUCCGGUUCUAUUUUCGGUGACAUGCGCAAAAUGUCAAUUUCCAACAUCGACUGCCUCCGGUCGCCGAUGGUGGCGACGCCGGGCGGUCCACUCGUGCGCGCCCGGCCCUCGUCCAAGAUGACCAAGUACGUGGAGUGCUGGGGUGCGGACAAACCGUUCGCCAACAUCACCGACUCGAAGAUGGCGAAAAACAUCGGCCUGGCGAGCAUCGCCAUGAUCGAGUCCAACCUGCUGCCGGAGGACGGGUACUGCGGGGAGUGCAAGUGCUGGGGCCCGCCCAAGGAGCUGCAGCCCGUCACGAUGUGGUACCGGAACACCGCCCGGGAGACGCUGUUCCGCGCCCAGCCCGAACCGACAUUUCGAUUUGAUCUCGUAUGUUCCUUCGUACUGUUCAUCUUCAUAGGACUGAUACAAAUUAUAGUAUUUAAAAGCAAUGUAGUGGUGGUCGGGUCGCUCAGCGCCACGGCCGUAGCGUUAGGACUGUUUUUAUACCUAAGCAACUACCAGAUGUCGAGCAUGUCGCCACCGGGCAACACCGGACCCGGCCAGGUUAUCGCCGCCAGCCGGGGCCUUCGGUUAGCAAUAUUUCUCAUCUCGACCACUCUCAUUGCGGCCUGUGCCAUCUUCAGUGUGAUAAACUUUGACGAUUUAGUUAUAGCCGAUAUACACUUUGUGAGCAACACCAGCAGCACCACCGAGGAGAUCACGUACGACGACGAGUUCGCACCGGUGGCCCCCGUCUACCUCUACAUGUGCGCCGUCAGCCUGGCCGCGGUGUCCGCCUUCCUGAAGUCGGGCUUCCUCGUCAAGGGCCUGCUGAUGGCGGUGUUCAUCACCGUCCAGUGUGCGAUCCUGUGGACGAGUUCGCUCUUCGAGACCUACAGCAUUCUGAUAGACGCCUGGCCGCUGGGAUUUCAGGGUUUGCUGUUCCUGCUCCUCAUCGCCACCGUGCUGCACACGCUCGAUCGCCAGGGUGAAUACGCGUCCCGGACCGACUUCCUGUGGAAAGCCAAACUGAAGGUGGAACAGGAGGAGGUGGAAACGAUGCGGGGUAUCAAUAAGAUUUUAUUGGAAAAUAUAUUACCCGCACACGUUGCCCAGCACUUUCUGAAGAAGGAGCGCGCGGUCCAGGAGCUGUACCACGAGAGCUACUCGUCGGUGGCGGUCAUGUUCGCCUCGAUACCGAACUACAAGGAGUUCUACGACGAGACGGACGUGAACAAGCAGGGCCUGGAGUGCCUGCGGCUGCUGAACGAGAUUAUCUGCGACUUUGACAAGCUGCUGCUCAAGCCGAAGUUCAGCGGAAUCGAGAAGAUAAAAACCAUCGGAAGCACCUACAUGAUUGCGUCCGGGCUGCGGCCGGGCAAGGAGGAAGGGGCCACGAAAAAUAACGAGCUGGAUGAGAAGCGCACCGAGGAGCACAACGUGGUUGUGCUAGUGGACUUUGCCAUCGCGCUGAUGACGGCGUUGGAUCAAAUAAAUCGUGAAUCAUUCCAACGAUUUCGACUCCGGAUCGGUCUCAACCACGGCCCGGUGAUAGCGGGUGUCAUCGGGGCCCAAAAGCCACAGUACGACAUCUGGAGCAACACGGUCAACGUGGCUUCGCGCAUGGACUCGUGCGGCGUGAUGGGACGGGUGCAGGUGACAGAAAAUACGGCCAAAGUCUUGAUGGCAGCCGGAUAUUCGUGUGACUGUCGAGGACCGAUCCACGUCAAGGGUAAAGGAAUCCUGACGACGUACUUCGUCAAAACGCCGUUCGACGAGCGUAUUUAAGCGCGAUAUCACUGCACUACUUGAGCAAACACAUACACCAAAGACAAACAUAGUUUGUAUUGAACGUGGUUGUAGACGGUAAGGUUCCGGUAAGCGAAAAUCUCUAUCAUCAGCGUCUUCAUUAGUGCGCUAGUCUAGUUGAUAGCCCGCAGCAGCAGCCAAUGUAUUUUGCGUAUGGAUCAGUGUUGAAUAGAGUAGCGGAUGUCUGACCGUCACCGGCUAAGCAGAUCAGUGUGAGCAUAUCUAACUAGUAAUUCAGAGCCGUAACCCAAAUAACGAACCAUUCGAACCGGGGUGAAUAUUACAGUGAAAUAAGUACAAUUGCACUGCUAACUACCAGAAGUAUUUUCUAGACGUAAAGGAACACCAUUAAGCAUCUUCGAUCGCAGUCAAAACCCUUCGAGCAUGGAACAUUUGCACAUUUGCCAUAAAACUCCGCCAGCAUUCGCAAAGUUUACGGGUCGUCCCAUCACUACUUGCUUUCAUUCAAUGAUGUGUCCAAAAUAUAAUAAAGAACGCGAGUGAAUUCGAUAGUAA